AUGCAAGCUGAGGAAUACAAUCACAGGGGUAAGGAGAUGGUGGACUACAUCACUGACUACCUGGGCUCUAUCAGAGAGAGGAGGGUGAUUCCAGAUGUGAAGCCAGGGUACAUGAGGGAUCUCCUCCCUGAUAGUGCUCCACCCGAGCCAGAGGAUUGGGACAGUAUUUUCCAGGAUAUUGAGAAAGUCAUCAUGCCUGGGGUGGUUCACUGGCAGAGCCCUCACAUGCAUGCCUACUAUCCCAGUCUGACCUCAUGGCCCUCUCUGCUCGCAGACAUGCUGGCUGACGCAAUCAACUGCAUUGGAUUCACCUGGGCUUCCAGUCCUGCAUGUACAGAGUUGGAGAUGAAUGUGAUGGACUGGCUGUGUAAAGCCCUGGGGCUGCCCUCCUUCUUCUUGCAUCAUCAUCCUGACAGCAGAGGAGGAGGCAUUCUUCAGAGUACAGUGAGUGAAAGCACCCUGGUGGCUCUGCUAGCAGCAAGGAAAGACAAAAUCUUGCAGCUGCAGGCCGGACUCGAUCAGGACAUAGAUGUGUCAGUGCUUAAUGCCAGACUGGUAGUCUAUGCUUCAGACCAGGCCCACUCCUCAGUUGAGAAGGCAGGGCUGAUCUCUCUGGUGAAAAUCCGUUUUUUGCCCACCGAUGAGCAUUUUUCUCUGAGAGGAGCUAUGCUGAAACAAGCUAUUCGGGAGGACAGAAGGAGGGGGUUGGUCCCUUUUAUGCUGUGUGCCACAUUGGGAACUACAGGAGUAUGUGCCUUUGACAACCUAUCUGAACUGGGUCCAAUAUGUAAAGAGGUGGGUCUUUGGCUCCACGUUGAUGCUGCAUAUGCCGGCUCAGCCUACUUCUGUCCUGAAUUGCGCUGGUCCUUGGAGGGCAUUGACUUUGCAGACUCCUUUGUGUUUAACCCGUCCAAAUGGAUGAUGGUUCACUUUGACUGUACAGCCUUCUGGGUAAAAGACAAAUAUAAGCUCCAGCAGACGUUCAGUGUUGAUCCUGUCUACCUCCGACAUGAAAACUCACAGGCUGCCACUGACUUUAUGCAUUGGCAGAUUCCCCUCAGCCGACGUUUUCGUUCUCUUAAGCUUUGGUUUGUCAUGCGCUCCUUUGGCCUGAAAAAUCUCCAGGCUCAUAUCAGACAUGGUAUUGAGAUGGCGAGGCUCCUGGAGUCUCACAUAAGGAAUGACUGUAAUUUUGAAGUUCCUGCCAAGAGACACCUUGGCCUGGUGGUCUUCUGUCUGAAGGGUGGAAAUGCUUUGACGCAGGAGCUAUUGAGAAGACUGACACGGUCUGGCACCAUGUACCUCAUUCCUGCAGACAUACACACCAAACGUAUUAUCCGAUUUACGGUGACCUCACAGUUCACCACAUCAGAUGACAUCCUCAAAGAUUGGAGCAUUAUCUCCAAGACAGCUUCCAAUCUCCUGGCAGAAAUGCAACCUCUUAGUAAUACCGAGGAACUACAUGCAAAGGAGGAUGAAGUAACAAGAAUUUGCUCAAGAGGUGACACUGAACACACCUCAGGCAUGGACAAGAAGAAUAACUUUGACUCAGAGCCACCGUUGGAGGAGACAGACAGUUCUGCCUCCAGACUUGACAAGGUCCAAGUGGAGCUGUGGAUAGACAAGGCUUGGGAUAGAUCAAGGAGGCCAAUACGCUCUCUUAGCUGCAACAGCGAGCUGCUGCCUUGCACCAACUUUGGGCCGCUGUCUGAGUAUAAUUUUGAGCCAAAGCCUGGCCCUAAAGAUCCUGUAGUUUUCCCCCCAAUGACGGAUUCCACAUCAAGGCCUCUGCCUUCAGGUACAGGAUUAGGCCCCCUGUUCAAGACUCCAGAGUUGCCCUCAAGUGUUCUGGGUAAACAGGUCCUGAAAAAGCUGACAAAGUUCUAUAGUGUGCCUAGUUUUUGCAACCAGUGGGUGCAGUAUGGUAGAUAUGAGCUGUUUUGCCCAUUGAAGGUUCCACAUGUUCCCCCAAAACCCCUCUCCACUUGCAGAAGGCUGACAUGUAUGUCUCCCUCCCUUGCACCCAGCAAAACUCCCUCUCCUACUCCUCUGGAAGCCACCGCUGCCCACAAGCUUCCAUAAAGGUGUGCUUUAUCAUUGACUAACAUCCAAC